GCAAACGACGAAAGUUAUCAAAAUUGAUAUUGUUUCAGAAUACAUAAGAUUGUAUUUCUUGUAUUAUGUAGACAACGUAAACAUGUACUUUCCUUUUCGUAUACAUUUUACAAUAAAUAUAUACUUCAUAUAUUUAAUAUAAAUAUACUUUACUUUUGAUAUGUUUAUAUUGAUUUUUAUGUUAACCUUUAUCAUACACAAACAGCAUAAAGUUGAAGACUUUUCGCACUUUUCGCACUUGUUGUUUGGUUAUAUGUAUAAUCUCACGAUGUCACACAUACGCGCUAACACACACUGGGUACUCACAUACGCACUACCACACACGCACUGUCGCCAUGUUCUGUCAGGUGUCAUGGACGAAACUGGAGAUCGGGCCAGCCUCAGUUUUUUGUACUCCAAAGCCCGUAGUUAGCGAUCUAGUAUAGUAUAGACAUCUGUGACACGCAGUGAAUUAUCGGUUUACCCCGUUUACACGCAGAGAAUUAUCUGUAAAAUAGGAGAGCUCAAAGGGUCGAUGCGCGCCGAUAGUAGAGCUUCAAGCGAUCGUGUGCUCGGUUCUUGAACAUGGCAGAGACAUUGGAGUUCAUCUCGGUUUAUGAUGACGCUACUACAAAAUUCCUGGAGAACGAAUUUACAAGGCUUGAAGACGAGUGCUACUUGGAUCAUGCGGGCGCAACUUUGUACUCCGACACGCAGAUCAAGGACGUUGCCGCUGAUCUGCACGGCUCUCUCUACGCUAAUCCGCAUUCUGUCGGUAUCGCGAGUUCAUCGACGCAGGAUAUGAUCGAGCGUACGAGAUACCGGAUCUUGAGCCACUUCAACACGAGCCCUGACGAGUACAGUGUCAUUUUCACUUCGGGCGCUACGGCGAGCUUAAAAAUCGUCGCCGAGGGAUUUCGCUUUGCGGAGAGCGACGAUAAUGGAACCGAACACGUGGGGGACUUUGUGUACGUGCAAGAUAAUCACACGUCGGUCCUCGGGAUGCGAGACGUGGUCGCCGCCAGGGGAACCGAGGUCACUUGCCUCGGUCACGAUCGAGCGUUCCAAGUCUUCAAUCAAUACUCGAUCCCUCGCGAUUCUGAUGAGGAAAGACGAACAAACGGCAACUCGCUUUUCGUGUACUCUGCGCAGUGCAAUUUUUCCGGAUUGAAGUAUCCCCUGAAAUGGAUCAGGGACACGCACAUGGGAGCGCUUUCCGCUGUCGCCAGUAAACCAUCGACCAGGUGGUACGUUCUGCUAGACGCAGCCGGCUUCGCGCCAACGAAUAACUUGGACCUAUCUAUCUUCAAACCGGACUUCGUGUGUCUAUCCUUCUAUAAGAUGUUCGGCUAUCCCACCGGUAUCGGUGCCCUGUUGGUCAAGAACUCCAGUUCGGGUCUUCUGGAGAAGGUUUACUAUGGAGGCGGGACGGUGGACGUCGCUCUCAGCUCUGAAAUGUUUCACAAGAAACGUCAAGCGUUGCAUCAAAGGUUUGAAGACGGAACUGUGCCAUUCCUGUCUAUCGUGACGCUACAGCAUGGCUUCGAAGUGCUCGCCAGACUCACCAUAGACAAAAUAUCGAAGCACGUUUUUUCCCUCGCCAGAGCUCUGCAUUAUUCCUUGCUGAUGUUGCAUCAUUGUAACGGCAAACCGGUUGUCAAGCUGUACUCCGACACUGACUACGAAGUACACGACUCGCAAGGAGGCAUCGUUACGUUCAAUCUGAUCCGGUCCAGUGGCGAAUACGUGGGCUACAUGGAAGUCGUAAACAUGGCAGCGUUAUUCAAGAUUCAUCUGAGAACAGGCUGCUUUUGCAAUCCCGGUGCGUGUCAGAGGCACUUAUCGCUUUCGCCUAAGGAGAUCCUUGAGAACUACGAGGCGGGAUACACGUGCGGUGGUACGGCGGAUUUGAUAAAUGGGAAACCGACGGGAGCAGUGAGAAUCUCUUUCGGAUACAUGUCCACGAUUAAAGACGUUCGGACGCUGUUGCUCAUGAUAACAAAAUGUUUCAUUGAUGAACCGUGCAUCAGGAAAUUUCCACGAUGGUGGGAAGACCGUGAGACGAAAGUUCGUAACAAAUACUUGCGUUUCUACAAUUCUAAUAUCCUGGACAACUGCAACUUUCGCAUCACAAGUAGUGAAAAGGAUGCCAUAAGCGAUAACUCGCGAAAUUAUAUUCACGAUGAAAUCAAGAAUCUCGAUUGCACCAGAAAUUCUGUAGGCUCUGGUAAAAUAAUUACACGGGUAAACAAGUGUACUUUACGAAGGUUGUUCAUAUAUCCCAUCAAAUCGUGUGGCGCGUACGAGAUUAUGGACUCUUGGAAUUUGAAUGCGAAAGGUCUGGAGUAUGACAGAGAGUGGAUGAUAAUGACACCCUCCGGUACUUGCUUAACACAAAAGCAUCAGGUGAAUGUAUGUCUGCUCAAGCCUGUUAUACUGAGGCAGCAAAAGAUCAUGAAACUCACGUAUCCAGGAAUGCCAGCAAUUGACAUACCUCUGGAAAAUACUUAUGAAGCAUCAAGGGAGCAUCCGAUAUGUCAGAGCAGAGUGUGCGAGAGCAGAGUGCAAGGUAUUGAUUGCGGAUCAGAAGCUUCCGAAUGGCUGAGUUUGGCAUUGGGCAAACCAAAUCUCAGACUAAUUCGACAGAAUCGAGGGAGACAGAAGAAAGGAGGAGAUAAAGCAGAGCUAUCAUUUUCUAGUCAAGCGCAGUAUUUAUUAAUAAAUGAAGCGAGCGUGUCAUGGCUCAGUGACAGGGUAUCCAGCGACUCAGAUUUUAAAAGGGACACGGCUGUGCAUCGAUUUAGGGGAAACAUCGUCAUAAGAGGCAACGAUGCUUUUGACGAGAUGCAAUGGAAACACGUUCAUAUAGGAAAUAGUAACUUUAAGGUAAAUGGUCUGUGUACAAGAUGCCAAAUGAUAUGCAUCGAUCAGACAACUGGGGAGAAGACUGUCGAGCCACUGAGAACAUUAGCGGAAGAAUUUCACGGAAAACUGAGAUUCGGGAUUUAUCUAACGCGAUUGGAGAACGAUCAGGAUGUGCUCAAGAUUGGCGAUGAUAUUUGCUAUUCUUGAAUAAAUAAUCUCCAAUCAUCGAAAUUUUAAAACAAAAAAGAUCUCACUUGUUCUGUUACAUAUUUGAUGAACAAUAAUAAUAAUAAUGAGAAAUUUAUAAUAAUGAGAAAUAUUUAUAACAAGUA